GCGGCUCCCGGGCCGUGCGUGGCUGUGGCCGGGCGCUGUCCCCGAGCCCUCGGCGUGCAUGGCCCAGCUCGGGCGGCGAUGGCAGCGCGCUGAUGGCCCAGCCCUUCGCGCUCGCCAUGGCUGCCAGAGAGGAGCUCUACAGCAAAGUCAUCCCCCGGCGGAACCGCCAGCACCGCGCCGGCACCAUCAAGCACGGCUCGUCGCUGGAGAUCCUGCUCUCCAUGGGCUUCCCCAAAGCACGGGCACAAAAAGCGCUGGCAUCAACAGGUGGAAGGAGUGUCCAAGCAGCAUGCGACUGGCUCUUCUCCCACGUGGGUGACCCGUUCCUGGAUGACCCCCUGCCCCGGGAGUACGUGCUGUACCUGCGCCCCACCGGGCCCCUGGCGCAGAAACUCUCCGAGUUCUGGCAGCAGUCGAAGCAGAUCUGUGGCAAGAACAAAGCUCACAACAUCUUCCCACACAUCACCCUCUGCCAGUUCUUCAUGUGUGAGGACAGCAAGGUGGAUGCUCUCACAGAAGCCCUGCAGGCCACGGUGAUGCGCUGGAAAUGCAAAUUCCCCGCCCCGCUGCCCCUGGAGCUCUACACAUCCUCCAACUUCAUCGGGCUCUUCGUCAAGGAGGACAGUGCUGAGGUGCUCAAGAAAUUUGCUGCAGACUUUGCUGCAGAGGCAGCUUCCAAAGCAGAUGUCCAUGUGGAGCCCCACAAGAAGCAGCUCCACGUCACCCUGGCCUAUCACUUCCAGAGCAGCCACCUGCCCACACUGGAGAAGCUGGCCCAGAGCAUCGAUGUCAAGCUGGGCUGUGACUGGGUGGCCGCGAUCUUCUCGCGCGACAUCCGCUUCGUCAACCACGAGACUCUGCAGGUGAUCUACCCCUACACUCCCCAGAACGAUGAUGAGCUGGAGCUGGUGCCCGGGGAUUUCAUUUUCAUGUCCCCAGUGGAGCAAACCAGCACGAGUGAGGGCUGGAUUUAUGGCAUCUCCCUUGCCACAGGCUGCUCGGGGCUGCUGCCUGAAAACUACAUCACCAAGGCUGAUGAAUGUGGCACCUGGGUGUUCCAUGGGUCUUACUCCAUUCUGAACACCACAUCUUCCCCAUCCUAUCAAGCCUUUGCUGAUGGAGCUCUGGAGAGGAGGCAGCAGGAGGACCAAGGGCCAGGGGACGCUGGGCCACUCACCAUCAUCUGCCAGAACGUGCAGCCCCUGAGGACGAGCAGCCAGGGCCCUCAGAAGCGCUGCCUGUUUGUGUGCAGGCAUGGAGAGAGGAUGGAUGUGGUUUUUGGCAAGUACUGGCUGUCCCAGUGCUUCGAUGCCAAAGGCAGGUACGUGCGCAGCAACCUGAACAUGCCUCCCAGCCUGCCCCAGAGGAGUGGGGGCUUCAGGGAUUAUGAAAAGGAUGCUCCCAUCACCGUGCUGGGCUGCACCCAGGCCAGGCUCGUGGGUGAAGCCCUGCUAGAAACAAACACCAUUGUAGACUACAUCUACAGCUCCCCAUCCCUGCGGUGUGUCCAGACAGCUCACAACAUCCUCAAAGGUAUGCAGCAGGAGAACAACCUGAAGAUCCGGAUAGAGCCAGGCUUGUUUGAGUGGACCAAGUGGGUGUCUGGGAGCUCCCUGCCAGCCUGGAUCCCCCCUGUGGAUUUAGCUGCAGCUACUCUAAGCGUUGAUACAACCUACAGACCUCAUAUUCCUGUCAGCAAGUUGGUGGUUUCUGAGUCUUAUGAUUCCUACAUAAGCAGAAGCUACCAAGUAACAAAGGAAAUCAUCAGUGAAUGUAAAGGCAAAGGAAAUAACAUCCUGAUCGUGGCUCAUGCCUCCUCCCUGGAGGCCUGCACCUGCCAGCUCCAGGGGCUGUCCCCCCAGAACUCCAAGGAUUUCGUGCAGAUGGUCCGGAAGAUUCCCUACCUGGGGUUUUGCUCCUGUGAAGAACUGGGGGACACUGGAGUUUGGCAGCUCACAGACCCUCCCAUCCUCCCUCUCACUCAUGGACCAACUGGAGGCUUUAACUGGAGAGAAACCCUCCUGCAGGAAUAGGGCAAAGCCCAGCAAGGACAGCCAUGGCCUUUCCCAGCGUUGGAGAAUGUCUUUUCUUCCUCAUGUUUUAUUGACAGCAGGAAAAACCCUCAUCAUCUGUGCAGCGGGUCACUCAAAGCAUAUCUCACACCAAAAGUCUCAAAAAAAAAAAAAAUCUAAUUUACAGCAAAAGGGGCUGUUUGAAGGGGGGAAAAAAUAAAAAUACAGCUUGAGGCUCUUGCACAGCACGGGGUCAGCUCGGGGUUGGUUUCCUCACCUUGAGGGAGCUCUGGUGACACUUUCACUGCCACCUGCAGCCUGGGAGGAGCAGUGAGCCUGGCAGGCAGGAUGCUGGGCUUGGUUUCUGAUGCUGGGGUUGGUUUCUGAUGCUGGGCUCAUUUUCUGUUGCUGGGCUCAUUUUCUGAUGCUGGGGUUGGUUUCUUGGUGCUGGUGCUGUUUUCUCACUGCUGUUUUUUUGCAAAGCAUCUGCAGGCUUGUUCAGCACCUCGUGCUUGCUCCACUCCCAGCCCCCAAACCUUCAGCACCUCCCAUAAAAAUCCAAAGUGUGUCCCCCAGGCUGGAAAUGAGUCCAGAAUUGCUUCUGCAGGCUGCACCAGUUAUUCCUCUUCUCUGCCUGAGCAGACAGGGAUGGGAGUGCUCAAAAUGUGUUGGAUUUUGUGCAGAGAUGGGUUGAUGUUGAGGAAAAUUCCAAAUUUCACAUCACUUACAGGUGAGGGUUGAGCAUCCAAAGUCACCACAACAAAAGCUGGAGGGAAUUUCUUUGAAGUGGAGAUGAAAGAAACCUUUUCCAGCCAAACCUGAGGGGUUUAGGAAGUUCAGAUUUGGGUUCUUAGUCCUUUACUUUGGUUGUUGAAAUCCACCUGUGUGCCCAGACACAGCCUAAAAGGUUUGUGCUGUUUAAAUUCCCUUCAGAAGGUUUGGAAAUGGGGUUUUCCCUUUUGUGCUGGGAUUUUUGUGGCUCUCUGGCAGUGCUGGUGAGAUUGUGCAGCCAGCAGGUUCCUCCAGGAAUGAUGGGAUGAAAAAACUGCUGGAAUUCUGCUGGAAUUCUGAGUGCUUUGUUUGCUUCCCCUCCAUUCCCAAGUGCCAUCUCUCGUAAAGA